GAACUUCAUAAACGUCACAUGAACACAUGACAGAAAAUAAACAUAACCUAAAAAUUCAAAAAAAUGAGUAAUUUUAAAACAUACUUAUUGUGGUUCGCUCAAGAUCACAUUAAUUUUAGAAGAGAGGAAACAAAUUCUUUAUUAAAUUUACUCAAAAUUGAAAUGACGUUUUUGGAAGAGCCAACUUUAGAGCAACCUUAUUGGCUGGUGAAAUUUUCAAAUGAAAAUGAUUUAAAAACUCUUUCAAACCGUUUGGUUUCGUUAAAAUACGCCCUCGAACUUUGGGGCUAUUCCGAUAACAUUCCAGGUUUACACCGAGAAGUACAAAACUAUCCAAAAUCGCUAAUGUUACCUUAUAUGAGUGCCGAAAAAACUUUUAAAAUUGAUGUGGAAACUUUUUGUAAACAUUUCACGCAAAAGGAAAAAGUUGAUAAGUUGGAAACUUUUAAUUAUUUACCUGUGGAAGGUAAAGUUAAUUUAAAAAACCCCGAUGUUGUUUUUAAUUAUAUUGAAUUUUAUGGUGUUGAUCCUAAAUCGCCACCGGAAAAACCUUACAUGGUUUUUUUUGGUAGAUGGAUAGCUAAUGGUUUACGGUCUUUGAUCAAUCAACUCUCAUUAAAAACUCGAAAAUUUAUUGGAAAUACAAGUAUGGAUCCUCAGUUAUCAUUAUUAAUGGCUAAUCAAGCUAAAAUACAAGAAGGGGAUAUCAUUUUAGAUCCUUUUGUGGGGACUGGAUCAUUAUUAGUGGCUGCUGCUCAAUUCGGAGGUUAUGUUUAUGGUGCUGAUAUCGAUUAUUUGAUGUUACAUGGUCGGACGCGACCAUCCAGAAUUAAACAAACUAAACGAAGUGAUGAUGAGAGCGUAAAAGCGAAUAUGAUCCAAUAUAAUUUAGAAGAUAAAUACUUGGACGUAUUAGUAAAUGAUUUUACAAUUUGUUAUUGGAAAGAAAAUUUUUUAUUUGAUGCUAUAAUUACAGAUCCUCCCUAUGGAAUUAGAGAAGCAACAGAAAAAAUAGGAACAGCUAAAUCUAAUUAUACGAUAAGUGAAGAACAUUUAGCAACACACAUUCCAGCUAAAGUCGAUUAUGGUCUUUCUAAUUUAUAUCAUGAUCUACUUAAUUUUUGUGUAAAACAUCUAAAAAUAGGAGGACGUCUUGUAUGUUGGUUUCCAGUUUAUAGAGAUGAUUACGAUGAAAAUUGUUUACCAACAAACGAUUGUUUAAUACUAAAAGCAAACAGUGAACAAAUUCUAAAUAAGCACACCUCAAGACGAUUAUUAACAUACGAAAAAAUUAAAGAUGCAUCCGAUUUUCAGGGUUUAAAGAAUGAGAUAAUGGAUUUUAGGGCAAAAUAUUAUGAUACGAGAGAAGAAACGCGUAGGGAAAAACGACUGCGUGACGCUAAUAUUAGGGAUAAAAAUUGGAAAGAGUACUUAGAAAAGAAUAAUUAAUAAAUUUGUUUAUAAAUUUAAAUUUUGGUCUCGAA